UUUGGCUCUUCACAUUGUGCGGUUCCGCAGGUAUACGCAUCCUCGCUGCGGGGAAGGAGAGGACAUUUAAUUCGAAGCGAAGAGGCUUUAGGAAGAAAUACGAGCACAAACCGUUAAAUAUAAAUAUAAUUUUUUCUUUCCUUAUUGUUGCCGCUAUGAAGACGCUCCUUUUUGCCGCCCUGCUCGGGGCGGCGCUGGUCUCCGCGGCCCAGGGCGCCGACGGCGAGAUUUCGUUCGAGUACCACCGCUACGACGAGCUGCGGAAGGCGCUGGUGUCCGUGUGGCUGCAGUGUCCCACCAUCACCCGCAUCUACACCAUCGGGGAGAGCUUCGAGGGCCGGGAGAUGUUGGUUCUGGAGAUGUCGGACAACCCCGGCGCGCACGAACCAGGUGAGCCGGAGUUUAAGUACAUCGCCAACAUGCACGGCAACGAGGCGGUGGGCAGAGAGCUGCUCAUCUACCUGGCCCAGUACCUGUGCAACCAGUACCAGGAGGGCAACGAGACCAUCGUAGACCUUGUACACAACACGCGCAUCCACAUCAUGCCCUCCAUGAACCCCGACGGCUUUGAGAAAGCCGCCUCGCAGUCCGGGGAGAUCAAGGACUGGUUUGUGGGCCGCACCAACGCUCAGGGCGUGGACCUGAACCGCAAUUUCCCCGAUCUGGACAGGAUUAUCUACGUGAACGAGCGAGAGGGAGGCGCCAACAACCACCUGCUGCAAAACAUGAAGAAGUCUGUGGAUGAAAACACCAAGCUGGCCCCAGAGACCAAGGCAGUGAUCCAAUGGAUCAUGGAUAUUCCCUUUGUCCUCUCUGCCAACCUGCAUGGUGGAGAUGUGGUGGCCAACUACCCAUAUGAUGAGACCCGCACUGGCUCCGCCCACGAGUACAGCGCCAGCCCUGACGAUGAAAUGUUCAAGUCCCUGGCGAAGGCCUACUCCGUUUACAACCCCGUCAUGUCCGACCCUCAGAGAGCACCCUGCCGCAAGAACGACGACGACUCCAGCUUCAAGGACGGCAUCACCAACGGGGGGGCCUGGUACAGCGUGCCAGGGGGAAUGCAGGACUUCAACUAUCUCAGCAGCAACUGCUUCGAGGUCACGCUGGAGCUCAGCUGUGAUAAAUUCCCCAGCGAGGACUCGCUCAAGAGCUACUGGGAGCAGAACCGCAACUCGCUGGUCAACUACAUCGAGCAGGUUCAUCGCGGGGUUAAGGGCUUCGUGCGAGACCUGCAGGGCAACGCCAUCACCAACGCCACCAUUUCCGUGGAGGGCAUUGACCAUGACAUCACCACAGCCAAAGAUGGGGACUACUGGCGCCUGCUGUCUCCAGGAAACUACAAAGUGGCCGCCUCCGCUCCGGGAUACCUGACCGUCAUCAAGAAAGUGGCCGUUCCUCACAGCCCCGCGACCCGCGUUGACUUUGAGCUGGAGUCUCUGGUGGAGAGGAAGGAGGAGGAGAGGGAGGAGCUGAUGGACUGGUGGAAGAUGAUGUCGGAGACGCUCAACUUCUAAACACGUCCUGUCUUUCCUUUCCCUCUCUGGCAUCCUCGCUCCUGUCCUUUUUUCUUGUUUUUGUUAGUGGAGGUGACCACCGAUACCCUGCAGACUGACGGACACCAGGAUGUAGUUUUAUUUCCCCUCCGUGUCGAUAACUGUGGUAUUUUCUUGUUUUGUCGUGACUCGUAACCAUGGCAACCGCCACGUAUAACCGAUGAGAGGCUCCCCGGUGUUGUUCCGCACAUGCACACAAUAGAGAAAAUAACACAAAAAGGUUAAAACAAA